AUGAUACCGCGGCGUGCGCCCUCCAGAGGCUCUCACCUCCGUCAAGUCAGUGCCGCUAGCCUAGGGAGCAACUCAUCCAUUGCAUCUCCACCACCACAAGGCGCGUCAACUGCCAAUUUAAGAAUUGAUAAUUCUUUCUCUGGUGGACCAUGGCGGCAAAUAUGUACACUUUGGAUUCAUGACGAAUCUUUUUCCAAGGAUGAGUUCUUAUUCAACAACUCGGCCUUCGGUGACUCUGGGAUCAGCCCAGGUGAUAUCCUUGAAGUCAUUGGUAUAGACGCAAACUCGGAUCUGGCUUCAAGAAAGCUCACUGAUAGCGGCUUCGAAAGCGACGGUAACUUGAACUCCAAUGCUCGCUCGAAGUUCUCGUCGCCCGCUCAGCACAGAUGUCUCUUCAUUGUGAAACCGAUGCCACAGGAUGUCAAACAACGAAGUCCAAAGCUGGAGCUUUCCAUCAAUCGUUCUGUUGCCAAUAUCUUUGGCUUCAAAAAUGGCUGUCACGUGUUUAUCUCUCAUAUCGAGCGCUCUCAAUGCUCAGCAUCUCACAUUGACAUCUCUUUUCGGGACCAAUAUCUAGUGCGCGCUGAUAUGUGGAGAUUAGUCACUUCCGAAUUGGUCAACAAGACUGUUUAUAAAGGACAAAAAAUAGUCUUCAUGGGCACCAUUAGGGCAACAGUAAAGAAUAUCUUCAUUGGGGGAAAGAAAGUGCUUUCAGGAUAUUUUGCACCCAACACGAUUCCUGUUUUCCGAAGCGAAGCAUCAAGAUAUGUCGUUUUUAUCCAAAUGGCAAGAGAAAUGUGGGACUUUGAUGCUGAAGGCACCGGAGAUAUCCUGUUUAGCAGGGUUAUCAACGGUUUCCUGCCUGAGCUUUUCAAACGUUGGGCAAAUAUUGAUGCCAAACACUUGGUGACCAUUGUUCUAUUCACCCGAGUAGAAUAUGACACUCCUUUGGAAAGUGGAAUCAAACCUUUGGAGAGCUUGAAGUCUAGAAAUCACGUUUCUACCAGGGAUUUCUAUCGAGUCGUUGUGAACGACAUCGCAAGUGGUCAUUGGACAACAAUUCUGGACGAACUUAAAGCAAACUUUAGAACAUUUUUAAGGGAUGUCAUGAUCCAAAAUUUUUCCGGAACCGAUAACGCCAAUGAUGAAGGACAGCGACUUUCUAUUUCUGGUCAUCCUGCAUCAGCCAUCAAGGGAAACACGCUGGAAGCUAUUCACUUAGCUACAUCAUACCUGUCCAAUGAGAAUAUUGAUCGUGACUUAGCUCGCACCGGUCACUCGAUUGUCGUGAUCACUCCAGGUACUGGACUGUUUGAAGUUUCCUAUGAAGCUUUGGCCGCUACCACUGAGGCCGUAACAAACAUGGGAAUAGCAAUUGAUCUGGUUAGUUUGAGUCCUAUGCCGCUUCACUCUGUACCUCUGUUCAAAUACAAAACUCCAAACGAGAGAUCACAUGAUUCCCACUCGAAGAGAUUUCGGAGCAUCAAUCAUUUGGAAACAGAUGCCUCGAUUCCGGGUUUCAGCAGUAGAUCGCCACCUGCUUCUUUCAAAGACACAGAUCUGGGUUCAACCGGCAGGCCUUUGUCAUCACAGGAUAACCCCCCAGCGCACUCCAAGGAAUGGAAUUAUGGAAUACCACAUUGGUUGGAUAUCUCUUUCUGGAAUCCAACAACCUACAAAGAAGGUCGGCGUAUCACUAAAAACGAUUUGAAUGCUCCAAUUCCUUUUACUGUCAACAAAAGGACCAAGACGUUCGUGCCACGGGUAAGGUUGUAUGAAAUCCAAAUGAUGGGUAUCAUGGAAAGCGAGCAGUCCAAUAUAUCGAUUCCUUACCUCUCGGAGAAGAAUUUCGGCUUUCAAAGGGGCGAGACAAGCUUCUCAGACAUAUUUCCAGAUGCACUGACGCCCAAAUCUGGCAAACAAGCACAGUCCCCUAGCUCCUCAUUCAAAGCUCAGUUGAGUGACAGUUUGAGGCCGGAAGCAUUUCUACCAAGUUUUACAAACUCUAGGAUGUUGAUGAUUAACAGUCCAGCAAGACAACAGAAGAAAGUGGCAAACUGGAUGGAUGAAUAUGAUGAAAACGUCCUUCGGCCAACUCCCAAGAAAUAUCACAGCCGCAAGACAAACCCGCGGCGACUGCUUGAGUCUAAGAACCUUGUUUCUCGUACAGAGCGCUCAUCUGUACGGUCCAUAACAAGUCCAAGAGACCGCGAGUCUCUCGAUUUGGAACGUUCACCUUCGGCACAAUUAAGUCCACACGGUCGAGACGUAGCAAUAUCACCUCAACUUGCUGCUGCUCCUCCUCCUUCUCGACCAAAGGAUCAGCAGCCGAUGAAACCGGCAAUAAAAACGCAAAAGACUCCUAGAAUUUCGCGAACAAUCAGCUUUGCUCUGCGCGGGCUCGGUGUUGGAGUUCCGCGAGCUCAGGCUAGUACAGGUGUCAACGCAGAACACGCUGUGGGUCGCGCUACCCCAGCAAAGAGUACAUCCUCUGCCAGCAUGUCGGAUAUUGAGGGCUCACCAAGGCCUCUUUCUUCGACUUUGGACGACACUUCUUCGAUAGCAAGCAUGGAAUUACCUCCUCAUUCCCUUACUCCCAGGAAGUCCAUGGAAACCGUCGAUCUUCCCCAGCCUCUACCAAUUUCUCAGGCUCGACCGAUAUCUAUCAAAAGCAUUAGCAGAAAAUCAAUUGAAGGAUCUCACGAUGAUCGUGCCCGUACUGAGGCCCCACUACCCACGACUGUAGAGAUGCCUAUGGAAACUGGUGCGCAUGGAGCAAGUCAAGGGCCAUUUCCCAUGAAAAGAACUGGCCCUCAAAGACCUGGGCCAAGAUUUGAGAUCACAAGGUCGCAGGACCCUCCUACUGGCGUAUCUCCGAUUCGGACCCUAAAUCCCUGGGUCAGGUCAAUAAAUCCUUCAAAUACUCCGAGAGCCUCAUUGAGAGAUGCGAGCUGGUUCGGCCGCUGGCAGCAUGCUUAUCCCCGACCACCACAUGUUGCUGUAGUCAAAUGGAAGAGUUUGAAAACCCCUGCGAUACUCCCUUUAACUACAGAAGAAUUUCCUACUUCCAAGGAACUAACAGCCAAUUACCUCGAAACACCAUAUCGAGUAUUUCCCAAUGACGACCACGAUACCAGUGAAACUUCAAGAUCACAUGAAGAGAUAUUGCGAGAUAUGGUAGCUCUGCGCCUCUCCCAUGGCUUUCAAAUUGUCAUUGGAAGUGCUGUAGCGGAGGCAUUUGGCGAAUCCUCCCUAGAAGCACUUAAUGUCUUUGACCCAAAACGCCUAGGACAAGAAGAUGCAACCGUUGUUCUCUCCAAAGGCAACGUUAUUCAUAGACUUUCAAGCGUCACUGGCGGCGAAAUUGAGGUUACAAGAUUCACACGCCUUUCCAAUUCGUCAAACCAUGACAAAGGCGAUUCUUAUACUUAUACUCAUGCAAUCCGCACAAUAUUGGCCAAAAAGUACGAGUUGACCGACGUAAAGCUCAUGACAUCGACUAACGAAUACAAUUGGAACUAUGCCGACAACUACAUUGCCGGUCAUAGGGAUCAUUUGACGGACCCAGCGAGGCAGUUAAGAUUUUGGCGAAUCCGAUUCGUACUCAUUCCCUUACAUCUACCUCCUAAUGCUAGACGCCACAUACAAUCCUUUAGCGAGGAUAAUGAGGAAGAAAUCCAUCUACUCGGCAUCAGUCAGUUGACUUCAUUAUGGCAGCGUAAUAAGUACAUACCAGCAGACGACAAGCGGUUUCAAUCACAUGGGCGAACACAAAAGGACCCAAAUCCACUAAACAUUCUCUACCAGACUCAAGACCCUUCGGACAUGGUAGGGGCCGAGCUUGAGAGACUGUUGCUCACUGAUCCUGGGCUUGACAAUGCACCCGCUCAGCUUCUACCGGAGUCGGAGCUACUUGAUCGGUCCGACUUUGGUCCAGGAUCCCUUAUGGAGCUUGCCCAAAUCAUGCAAGGCGAGACAGGCGUACGUUUGAUGGACCGAAGAUGGCAUUUCCGGCUUCACUAUAGCUGCUUCAUAGGCUCUGAAUUUACGACGUGGCUUGUACAAACAUUCAGAGAUAUAGACAGCCGUGACGAGGCCGUCAAAUUCGGAAACGAGCUUAUGAAAUUAGGGCUAUUUGUCCACGUGGAGAAAAGGCACAAUUUCCGAGACGGUAAUUAUUUUUACCAGAUUGCUACACCAUAUCGCGCCUCGCGACCGGAGUCAAAAAGUGGUUGGUUCCCAGCUCUCUCUGGAAAAUCGGAUUAUUCACUUCCUCCUACGCCAUCUGGUGAGGUUCCAAGAGACUCUCCUUCAGCCGAUGCUUCGAAGUCGGAGAACUCAAGCGAGACGGUUACGUCGAGAAUGAACACCCCGUCAAAGGCCAAGAAUAAAAUGACUGUUAUGCUUUCCAAGUCCAUGAAGUAUGAUGUCGAUCCUCGCAAGCGUUCAGGCCGACCAGAAGUUGUGGACCUACAUUACGACAGACUACAUAACCCGGAGAACUGCUUCCAUAUUGAGUUGAGCUGGAUGAGUGCGACUGCCAAGUUGAUCGAUGAUGCAGUCGCUUCAUGGGCCUCAACGGCAGAUAAAUACGGACUAAAGCUUGUGCAAGUACCAAUUGCUGAAGCGGCAGCUAUCGUCAAAACUCAAACGUUCAGAAAGCUUUACCACGUAAAGCUGAGUGUUGAGCCGCCACCUCCCCCUGCGAGAUCCCUUUCAUAUGGUGCGACGAACUUCUCACAGCAAGGCAGACCGGAUAAACAUUUCUACCACAAAGCACUUCUACGAAAGUUCGACUUCGUUCUGGACUUCGAAGCCGCAUCUGCAUUUUCACCGGAUGUCGAAGUGCUGUAUUCUUGGGGCAAACCCGAUUACCAACAUACGCAGUACAUCCAUCGGUCAGGAUGCCUACUUGCUCAGAUAUCUGACAAAGGGGAAUUCCUGUUCCUUGCAAAUCGACUAUUCAGCACAAAAAGUGCAGCUGGUCGAGACGCCACGCACCAUAAAUUCGAACACCGCAGCGGCAGUGAGUUCCACCGCCCUCGUACAAAUACCUAUACCUACGAUCCCAUGUUUUCCCCACGUUUAUCACCACUUGUUCGCGCUGCUGCAGAUCCUUCUUCGUCAACGGCAACAAACAACAUCCCCUCCUUGACAUUAAAUCCACCAACCUCUUCCCCAUCUAGCUUCUCAACAGCCUCAAUCGACUCCGCCAAUCUAUACAAAACACCUGAAAAUCUCAAAACUCAAAUCGAAGAAUUCUGCAACGAUCCCAUUCGUCUCCAACAAUUCUACGCCGAGGAACAUAUCCGUUCUGCAUCAACACGUAUUGGGCCAACGACCGUGCCGCCGUCGUCGGUCACGCAUUCAGCGUUGGAGGCUUCUAUACCGUCCCUGGAACUACCGGCUAGUGUUUUGGGACAUCACAUUUCACCACCUGCGCAGUUGGAGACGCAAUCGUUUUCGAGGAGUAAGGCACUGGGAAGUUUUGAUUUUAUGGGGUCGCCGCUUAAAACGGCGCAGGAUGCGAAUAGUGUUGCUACGGAAGACAAGAAAGAGAAUGACAAAGGGAAAGGAGAGGAAGAGCGAGAAGAACCUCAGACAAAGACCGGUGGUGGGGAUGGUAAUACCAGUCCGACGUAA